AUGGGGCGCAGAAAGUCAAAAAGAAAGCCCCCUCCCAAGAAGAAAAUGACGGGUAACCUGGACACUCAGUUCACGUGCCCGUUUUGUAACCACGAAAAGUCCUGCGACGUCAAAAUGGAACGAACCCGGAACACAGGAAUUAUAUCAUGUAGCGUUUGCUUGGAGGAGUUCCAGACACCCAUAACCUAUCUUUCCGAGCCUGUCGAUGUUUACAGUGAUUGGAUUGAUGCCUGUGAAGCAGCAAAUCAAUAGUCAUGUUUUCCAUGUUGUGACUCACCUUCUCUAUAACCUCACCCACAUUUCACCUAGGGCUGGGUAUCAGGGUAUCAGUACUCGGUACCUUUUAAGGUAUCGACUGAAAUAAAUCGAUACCAAGUAGUAUCAGAAUAUCUCUCAUCAAAUGAUACUUGUAAUUGAUCCUUUUUGC